CUCAUGCUAAUGAAACAAAGCUAACCAUUCAGCCAAGGACGCUUGCUUUGAUACAUUUCGUUAAAAUUGCCCAUUUGGACAACCGUUCAAAGAUUAAAUUAAAACAGUCGUUAUACGGAAUAUCACAAAAGACACUAGACAGGAUGGCUGCAGACUGGUUGGGUAGUCUGGUCUCGAUAAACUGCGGAGAAGCCCUGGGGGUGUACCAAGGCGAGGUGUCGUCUGUGGACCAAUCCAGCCAGACCAUCUCCCUCAGGCAGCCCUUCCACAAUGGAGUCAAGUGCCCUGUGCCCGAGGUCACUUUUAGUGCCAUGGACAUCAAGGAGCUUAAGGUCCUGGACAUAGUGAGCAGUAGAGGUGGUGUGGUUCAGAAGAUCAGCGCUCCAGUGUCGGUCCCACACAGAGGACACCACAGGACCCAGGAGAGGCUGGCUUCACCACAGCAGCAGUGCUCUAAAAGUUCUGGAGAUAAACACCUGGAGGUGCCAGGCCAGCCCAAGGGCUUCCGACGGAGACACAACUCCUGGUCGUCCAGUAGUCGGGGCGCCAACCAGGUCACCCCCAAGAAGAACGGCGUGAAGAACGGAGGAGUGGGUCAGAGGCAGCACAGGGACGAUGAGUGUUUCGGGGACAAUAUGGACGACGGCCUGGACACAGACUUUGACUUCGAGGGGAACCUGGCGCUGUUCGACAAAGCUGCCGUGUUCUCGCAGAUCGACGGGUCGGAUCGCCGCGGUAACGGGGCCCGGUCGCACGGUACGCCGCAGGAGCAGACGUCGUCGCAAUACCGCCACGACAAGAACAUUCUAGAGACCAAACCUGUGGUGUACAGGCAGAUAGCUGUCCCACAACCUGGGGGUAAAGAGUAUUGCACUGAUUCAGGCCUGGUGGUGCCCUGUAUUUCCUAUGAGCUGCACAAGCGUCUGUUGUCAGUAGCUGAGCGUCAUGGCCUCUCAUUGGAGAGGAGGCUGGAGAUGACAGGUGUUUGUGCCAGUCAGAUGGCCCUGACGCUGCUGGGCGGGCCCAACAGACUGACCCCUAAGAACGUGCACCAGCAGCCCACUGUGGCUUUACUCUGCGGCCCUCAUGUCCAGGGAGCUCAGGGCAUCAGCUGUGCUCGUCACCUGGCCAACCACGAGGUGGAGGUCAUACUCUUCCUGCCUAACUUUGUCAAGGUGCUGGACGCCGUCGCCAGCGAGCUCAACCUCUACACCAAGACAGAGGGCAAACAGGUCUCCGUUAUUCAAGAGCUUCCAGACAGCCCUGUGGACCUUAUCAUCAACUGCCUGGACUGUCACGAGAACGCCUUGAUUAUGGACCAGCCGUGGUACCAGGCCGCUGCGGACUGGGCCAACCAGAACAGAGCUCCCGUGCUCAGCCUGGAUCCUCCAGUCGGCGGACAGGGCCAUGCCGUAGAAGCCAAGUGGACACUGUCUCUGGGCCUGCCGCUGCCGCUGUCGGAGGAUGCAGGCAGGGUCUACCUGUGUGAUAUUGGGGUUCCCCGACAGGUGUUCCAGGAGGUCGGGAUCAAGUAUCAUUCUCCGUUCGGUUGUAAGUUUGUGGUGCCAUUGCACUCUGCGUAACUGAAGGGUUCGAUUUACACAUUGACUCUUGGGCGUACCCUACAUCUCUGGGGGCGUACCCUACAUUUGUUAUGAUAAGUAAUUUGAACUGUGUUUUAACUGGACUGCAACCUUUGACCUUCAGAUUGAACUUUGAGCUCUCACCCUGACUAUUCAGGGUAGUGUUCAGUAUGCACGAAAAGGAAGAAAACUAAAAAAAAUGAAAUGAAACGAGGAGGUUAGUAUCUGAACUUUGCUUGUUGGAGUGCCCUAAUGAACGCGACCCCAGUUUGGGGGAUUUGACUACAAGCAAGCCUUAAAUUCCUUUUAUUACUAAUGCAGUUAUAUGUCCAAUAUACAUUCAUACAAUCCUUUUCCAGGAUUGAACCAAGGAAUGAGAGGAGAGGUAUUAUGAUGACGCCCUGAGACAUGGCUGUUAACUAUAACUAUAUCCUUUAUAAUAUAGACUAUAUCCUCAGACAAUGUUGGGUUCCAGAAACCAUGAAACCAUGAGGCCGAGACAGAAAAACUAACCACCAGUCAGCGGCCUGCUGUCGAUGUGGAGAGCCCAUCUCAUCCAGAUCAGCAACCUCCGUUUCUGUGGAGGGUAAGAAGGUAGGUAAUCGCUACAUGUACUGUCUUGGGUACAGUCAAGUGAUUCAACAUGUCCAGGGGAGCAAGUACGCUGCCGUCACAAGGACAGGAACCGUCACAGGCCCAGGGGGCUGUCCCAGUCCAGGGGAGCAAGUACGCUGCCGACAGGACAGGAACCGUCACAGGCCCAGGGGGUUGUCCCAGUCCAGGGGAGCAAGUACGCUGCCGACAGGACAGGAACCGUCACAGGCCCAGGGGGUUGU